AUGUCAAUCUCUAGUGUUACUGGACUGGGUCUCUACAACUACGCGACACUCUCCAACACUGCAUCCUAUGCCGGGUCCUAUUCGUCUGGCCACUCUCGAGAUCCAUCAUACUCGAGGCGUCCGUCUGUACCUAUGAACUCCUACCCUGCAUCUAUGUAUUCGAGAGCCAGAAAUUCGACCGACUCGCGCGUUGACCCUUAUUCAUAUACCCGCACCAGCGAGUCUUCCCAUGCUACCAAGGCAGCUUCCGUCAACGAUGAAGCCAUACGCAAUCUUCUUAGAAAGCACAUAGACCGCAAGGACUCGGCAGAGCUUUCAUACUCCUCAUCUGAACGGCCCAGAUAUCACAGACAUAGCCAUCAAGCCUACCAUAGCCAUCAUCCAGACAGCCGCGACAACCGAUACAACAGCGCAUCCGCAAAAUCUCGCAGACGCUUGAGGCAUGUGGCGAGUCGACCAGAUCUGACUCUGGCACCUCCUCCCGCACGCAGCAAUGUUAUGGCCGUCAAAUCAACCAAAAAGAGCAACAACAUGGCCAGUUUGACUUGGCGACGCAUCAGUCAAGGAAUCAAGAUGGGCAAGUCCAAGAAGAGCGAGCAACAGACAGACCAAUCUGAUACGACUGACGCGAAGUCUAGAAGGAAAAGCAAAUGGAUGUUCUGGGCUAAGCAGGAACCUGGCUACACUGUUGAGGCUAAUGCUGCUCCUCCCAGCCCGCCAAAGCCCAGAGACGAGGUAGUUUCAAAUGUCAACACAAAAAGGAGACCCAGCAUUACUGACUGGCUUAAUGAAGACUCGAAUCCUCCCCAGUCCCCCACAACAUUGAAGCGUCUGUUUGAGGAGGAGUAA